UCCGCCCUAAGCAACCCCCCCUUCCCUCCCGCCUCUCUGCCCGCCCCACUUCUCAUUCACUUGGCUCGCACGGCGCAGACAGCGCAGCGAGCACACACCGCCAGUCUGUGUGCAGAGCGGCAGCCAGGAGCCGUGGGGACACCCGGCCAUGCACGCCCCCAACUGAAGCGACACCUCAAAGCCGCAGCUCCUGGCAGCUCAGCGCAUUUGCAAGGAAGCUCAGGCUAGCUCCUAGGAACAUUACCCCUUGAGACCCUCGGAUCCUCCCUUCCAGGGCAGUCCUCUCUCAGACUCUGCUAAGUGCAGACAGGAGCGCACAGUGGCCCCGGCUCGCCGUAUCAUGGAGCGGAUCCCCAGCGCGCAACCACCUCCUACCUGCCUGCCCAAAGCGCCAGGGCUGGAGCACGGAGACCUGUCAGGGAUGGAUUUUGCCCACAUGUACCAAGUGUACAAGUCCAGGCGGGGAAUAAAACGGAGCGAAGACAGCAAGGAAACUUACAAACUGCCGCACCGGCUGAUUGAGAAAAAGAGACGUGACCGGAUUAACGAGUGCAUUGCCCAGCUGAAGGAUCUCCUACCCGAACAUCUCAAACUUACUACUUUGGGUCACUUGGAGAAAGCAGUGGUUCUGGAGCUUACGUUGAAGCACGUGAAAGCCUUGACAAACCUCAUUGAUCAGCAGCAGCAGAAAAUCAUUGCCCUGCAGAGCGGUUUACAAGCUGGUGAUCUGUCGGGAAGAAACAUCGAGGCAGGGCAAGAAAUGUUCUGCUCAGGUUUCCAGACUUGUGCCCGUGAGGUACUUCAAUACCUGGCUAAGCAUGAGAAUACUCGGGACCUGAAAUCUUCCCAACUCGUCACUCAUCUCCACCGUGUGGUCUCUGAGCUGCUGCAGGGCGGUGCUUCCAGGAAACCAUUGGACUCAGCUCCCAAAGCCAUGGACUUCAAAGAGAAGCCCAGCUUCCUAGCCAAGGGAUCAGAAGGCCCUGGGAAAAACUGUGUGCCAGUUAUCCAGCGGACUUUCGCUCCCUCCAGUGGGGAGCAGAGCGGCAGUGACACGGACACAGACAGUGGCUACGGAGGCGAAUUGGAGAAGGGGGACUUGCGCAGUGAGCAGCCAUACUUCAAAAGCGACCAUGGACGCAGGUUCGCCGUGGGAGAACGUGUCAGCACAAUUAAGCAGGAAUCGGAAGAGCCCCCCACCAAAAAGAGCCGUAUGCAGCUCUCGGAAGAGGAAGGCCACUUUGCGGGCAGUGACCUGAUGGGUUCCCCAUUUCUCGGGCCGCACCCACAUCAGCCUCCCUUUUGCCUUCCCUUCUAUCUCAUCCCACCAUCGGCCACUGCCUACCUGCCUAUGCUGGAGAAAUGCUGGUACCCCACCUCUGUGCCAGUGUUAUACCCAGGCCUCAACACCUCAGCAGCAGCCCUCUCCAGUUUCAUGAACCCAGACAAGAUCCCGACUCCCUUGCUUCUGCCCCAGAGACUCCCUUCUCCCUUAGCACAUUCGUCCCUUGACUCCUCGGCCUUGCUCCAGGCUCUGAAGCAGAUCCCUCCUUUAAACUUAGAAACCAAAGACUAAACUCUCCAGGGGAUCUUCUGCUGCUUGGCUUUCCUUCCUCCCUAAUUCCAAAAACCACAAAAGGUUUCCAUGAGUGCAGAGAGAUGGGCCCACCAUGCAGACCCACAGAGAAGAUUUCAGAGUGUGUGUGAGAGUGAGUGAGUGUGUGUGUGCGUGCUUGUAUGCCUGUUUGUCUAUGUAGGACAAUAGGUUCCUUCUGACACAGGGGAGACACAAGAAGGAUGGCCUGACAUCAGAUGACAGGAGGACUGUAGCACAUCUCUGAGCUUCUCCCUACCCAGAGAAGAGCCGCCCUCUCCCCCUUCAUACAAAUCAGUUGGAUUUUCAUAUGCUUCAAAGACUUUAUCUGUGAGUCACUCUCCAGUUUGGGACAUGGGUCUGUCUGUGGCUUUGAGAAAAGGUACUUUUAAAAGAGGGCUUUCCAGGGCACAGCUCACAGCCAGCUGUUAGGACCCCACCCUUCUCCCUUUAUUGUGGAGGUGACUCACAGCAGACUGCCAGUGGUCAGACUGAGCAUUCUGCUAAGGUGGUGAGGUAGCCAACGCUGGCAUGUCUCGGUAGUGGUUUGGGCAAAUUUCCGCAGGUCUCUUCCCCCAACCCCGCCUCUGAUGAUUGAAGACCAUGAGUGCAGUUCCUUAACUCGGGCUUUUGUGAGUAGCUUACUAAAGGAACUGAAAAUGGUCCCCUUUGUACAAGCCGAGCUGCUAGGGAAUCAAGGUGAACUAGAUUCGUUCCCCAGGCCUCUGGCACCUGUUUCUAGCUCUCACUUCUAUGGCAUGCUGUCCAAGGAACCAAAGGAGGCUCUCAGAGAUGCCCCAAAUGUCCCAAAGUCCACAAAGCUAAGUAAUCAAUUGCUACACUUACUGCACAGCUAGACACGGAUUUCAACUCUAUCCUAAAGCUUUGAACCAAGCUUAGCUUCUCAAAGGCCUAGCAGAGCUUUGGCACCUCAAGAUCCUUUCUGUAGGCUAAUUCCUCUUGCCCAGCAGCAUAUGGAGUGUCCUUCUUGCUAAAAAGGAUUCUGUCUCCUUUAAGGACGUUUUAUUUUUGAUUCAGAGUCCUUGUUUUCUUGACUUGCUCCGCCAGCCCUGCACCAGCUUUUCGAAAUGCACUAUGCUUGUGUUUAACUUCUCCCGUUUUUAUUUGGGCAUAAAAGUUGUUGCCUUUAUUUGUAAAGCUGUUAUAAAUAUAUAUUAUAUAAAUAUAUGACAAAGGAAAAUGUUUCAGAUGUCUAUUUGUAUAAUUACUUGAUCUACACAGUGAGAAAAAAAUGAAUGUAUUUCUGUUUUUUGAAGAGAAUAAUUUUUUUCUCUAGGGAGAGGAGAGGUUACAGUGUUUAUAUUUUGGAACCUUCUUGAAGGUGUGAAAUUGUAAAUAUUUUUAUCGAAGUAAAUGUUGAGUAGUUGUUUUAAAAAUACUUAAUAAAAUAAGCUUUUUUCCUGUGGAAGAGAAA